GGCCAUCAAGGAAGCGCGGCGGGCGGCUGGGCGCGGUGUGUGUCAGGCGGUUCCACCAUGUCGAAGGUGUCCUUUAAAAUCACGUUGACGUCGGACCCGCGGCUGCCGUACAAAGUUCUCAGUGUUCCUGAAAGUACGCCGUUCACAGCAGUGCUAAAGUUUGCAGCAGAAGAAUUUAAAGUUCCUGCAGCUACAAGUGCGAUUAUUACUAAUGAUGGAAUAGGAAUAAAUCCUGCACAGACUGCUGGGAAUGUUUUCCUGAAGCACGGCUCAGAACUGAGAAUCAUUCCUAGAGACCGAGUUGGAAGCUGCUAAUAUAUGCUUGUUGGAACACACAGCCUUUCAGAAUAAAUACUGGUAUUUGUUGUUGCUGUACAAUUGAAAUCAGGCAUUCACCAUACAAUGAAAGCACCAAGAAUCAACAGAACAGGGAAAGCGGCCGCUUGUCCCUUCCUGUUCAUUUUUUUCAUGGAAAGAGAGAAUGCCUUUGAGUGGAGGGUACGACACCACAGGUCACACUGUGGUGACUGCUGCCUCACCGGGAGAAGAGAGUACCUCUGAGACAAAUGGACUGUGCUUUAAAACAAAAACAGCAAAAUGGGAGGAUGAGUGCUAACUCUUUUCAGGAGCAUUUGGAAAUUCAAAUUCACAGAAUUGGAUGUAGUUUUUAAUUUUGAAAUUUAAAAGGAUAAUUGAUCAUAGAGGUAUUUGACUUGACAGCAUCUCCUAGUUAGAUUUUUAAAUUAUAUAAUUUGUGAUGAACUUAAUAGGUAUUUGAAUGAACAGUUAAAUUUAUACAAAGCCAAACAUUAAAUUAUAGGAUCUAACCAUUAUGAGUAUAAGUUGCUAUUGUACGUCAAAUAGUUUCGAUAGUAGAGAUCUUGUGAAUCCAGUAUGUCAUGGUGGGAACUGACAGUACCACAGAAGCACCCUUAGGUAUAUUAUGAAUUCCUUGAUAAAUAAUAAAGCAUUAGGACAGAAAUCCUUAAACCAGUCUUUUUGAGGAUUCUAUUUUUGAGCAGCAUCCAAAAUUAUUGUUGCAGAGAUGAUCUGAAGCAUUGGUGGGUGUCCUUAAUGAAGAGGGAACUUUAAAGAAGCUGUUAAUAUAGUCACAGUGGAUAAGGAACCAGGGAUGCAAAGAUAGCCAGGCCCUUCCCAGAAGAGCAGAGGAAGUGAGGAGGAACAGGAGGCUGGCAGUGUCCAAAGGCAGAGGUCAGAGAACGAAGCCGCAGCAGGGGUGGGAAAGUGUGAAAGGGAGGAGAGUACUGGGCACAGGGUCAGAAAGCAAUGCACAGGCAUCAAAACUCACCGUAGCAAUCUACAAGGAUUUACAUAAGAUUUCAGGGCUGGCACCCUGUGCCCGGUACUCUUCUUCUUCAGAAUGAAGGAGAUUACCAACUCCCCAGAGUCAUCCUCUAACCUUACUCAGACACCCAGAUGUGAGCCAGUCCCCUCCCACCAUGACUAUUUGCCUUUACACAGAAAGUCCAUGUCUGGCACAUGUUUCAGGAUGAAUUAAAUGCUGACAGUGACUGAGUGAGAGCCAGGCAGCUCUGCUUUAGUGGGUUAGCUCUUUGGAGGUAAGGGGUCUGUCACAUGCUCCUUAGAGUUAGAGAUACGAGUUCUCAAUAAAUAUUUACUGAAUUCAUAAAUAAUGUCUUCAGGAACAGUUUUUAUCUUGUGUCUCAUAGUCCCUAUUACAGGGCCUUACUUGAUUUGGAGAUGGGGCACUUGUAAGAGAAUUAGGGAUUGGCAUCUGAAGGGCUGUCUUAAUAGAUGAAGGAAUUGUCAUUGUCCACAGGUUUGUGGAGCACAUUCUGGGGUUCAGAAUUAUGUAGCAAUACACACCUCAUGUUUGCUGGGUUUUUAUGUUUCUGUCUAGUGCCCAGAGACCUUAUUCCAUAUACUAUUAGGCUUCUGUUAGCCAGACAUUUGAAAAUAUUUGCUACCUAAUUUUGCUUACUAUUAAAUUUCUUCCAUUCUGCCUUUGCACAAAAUUCUCUUGUCAGUAAUGUUUAUACAGUUCUACAAUAUGAAAUGAUUUACCUAAUCAUUUGAAAAUACAUAGUCUUCAAAAUACUUUACUCAAAAACUAGAUAACUUGUUAGUAAAUAAAUAUGAUCUAUAAGUUCUUUGUGGAGAACGUUUUAGGCAUGGUAUUUAAUUUAAAUGUCUAUAAUUAAUACCUUAGGAAAAUACAUUUUGUUACACUGUAAAUCAUGGCUACCUUUAUUUUACAAUAAGACAUACUAGCCAGCAUACCUAUUGAGCCAGAUUAUUAAUACUAUUUUUGUAAAUGCAGAGAUAAAAGGUAAGUCAUGAAAAAUAAAUGUAUAUUUCUAAAUGUCAAUCCUUUAUACAGAAGAGGAGAACCUUUGGUGGUCUCAGCCCUGGGUGGUGUCCAGAAUGAAGUUGGGAAAUUAGAACUACUGACUUCCGAAGUCAUUCCUCGGGUUCUCGCUCCUGCAUGAGGACCUCUGUAAGCAGGUCUGGGGGCUGCAUGUGCUGCUUGGGUGUUAGCACCAUGACAACCUUUCCACCCUUGAGAGCAGGAUUACAGGUGAAGGUCAAAGUACCCUGGAAUCUUGGGCGUUCCUUUAUGCUGCUUGAUUCUGGAGUCAUCUGAUGGAGCACAGAGAUAAAAGAUACUGACAUUUGGUCACUUCUAUCUUUACAACCCAAGUCAGUGGGUUUUGGAUGCUUUAAUUCUUAGGUUUGGAUGCUAUUUGAAGAAGAUGUAUAUAAAUAAGUCCAAAGCGGUUGGUGCAGCCAAUAAAGGUGUUCCCUUACAAAAACCUGAGUUCCGUCCCUGGGACCUGCAUGGUGGAAGGAGAGAAGUGACCUCCACAUUCACACUGUGACAUACACAUUUAUACACACACACAAAUGUAAGAACAUUUGAGCUACUAUAUGUCUUAGCCCUGGAGACAUUUGGGCAAACAUUUGUAGAUUGGAAGCAUCAAUAUACUGUAAAGGAGCAAUCCUAGGUCCUUACUGUACCCAAGGCUAUUUAUAAAGCUCGGUAAAAUUCUGUGUGUAGUUGUCAUUACAAUCUGUUGAACGAGGGCUGUGCAGAUGGCUCAGUGGUUAAGAGUGCCUCCUGAUCUUGCAGAAGACCAAGGUUUUGUCCCCAAAACCCACAUAGUGGCUCACAACCAUCUGUAACUGCAGUUCCAUGGGACCCAUUACCCUUCUGGCCUCUGUAAAUGCUGCACUCAUGUUCACACACUUGCAGACAACAUGUACACACAUGUAAAUUUUGGAAAAAAAAAAGGUAAAUGUCUGCUGAACUUCAAGUGUGAAGAAUAGUAUAACUUGGUGAAUGGGUGCUAAGUGGUUUUCACUCACUGGAAGGAUUAGUAAGAAUGUGCCUUGGCUUUUGAGCCAGGCUUUGCCUUCGAGGCUCCAUAUAAUCUGGAGAAAUCUUUGUGUCCACUUUCUGCAAAGUACUAAUUUGUAUUGAAUUAUACAUUUAAAAGGUGAAACAAGUUCCUCAGCAUGCUGGAAAUGUAUAGUAAUAAAUGACACCCCUUUGAAUACAUCGUGUAGUACGGAUGGAAGGUAUAGAGUCCAGAGGCUUAGGGCACACAUAUAUAAUCCCGGCAGUAGGGCUGCAAGAUCAAGGGGAGCCUGGGCUGUGCAGCAAGACUGCCUCUAAACACAAAGUACAAGAACAGUGACAGUACCUGUCUGGAGUUUUACUACACAGGCUCCGCUCACUCAGAAUCUACCAUGUGUACAAGAGGCCUUCCUGGACUGGUGUUUGUGCAUGGGCAGCCAUGACUGCUAUGGUCAUGGUUUAAUUCUGCAGCUGUACCUAGCAUCAGAGGCCAUUUAGCCCUCUGGUGUGGCAUACUUAGUCUUACACGUUCCUACCUUCACUUCCCCAUCUGUGAGUCCGGGAACCCCAUGUCCUGAGAAUGGGAAACCUCUGCUUCCAAGCCAAAUUAGGACUUCUUAGUCACCUCUCUUUUUGCAGAGCAGUUAUUAAACACAGGAUUAUUUGUCUCAAACUAUGAGUUUUAUAAGUCCAAUAUUAUGGUUUGAUAAAGAAUGGCCCCCAUAGGCUCAGAGAGUCAAAUGCUUAGUCACCAGGUACUGUUUAAGGACAAGGAGGUGUGACCCUGUGGUCAUUAGGGUUGUGCUGUGCGGUCAGGCCUAGUCUCUCUCAUCUCUCUCUCCACUUUCUCAUGCUCUCACCCUUUCACUCUCCUGCCUGUGGAUCAGGAUGUAGCUCUCAGCUACUCAACAGUACCAUGCCUGCCUGCUUACCACCAUGUUUCCCACCAUGAUGAUGGAUCAAACCUUUAAAACUGUAAGCAACCCCUAAUUAAAUGCUUUCUCCUUUAAGAGUUGGUUUAGUCAUGGUGUCAGUUCACAGCAAUAGAACAGUGACUGAGAUAAAUAUGGCCAAAACUUGGUUUCAAAAUUUAACUGCUGAUAACAACUACUUUGUAAAGCAAAGAAACAGAUGAAAACUUUGAAAAUUGCAACUAUUUGUGCUUCAUCAUCAGUAUUUGAUUUGGGUAUCCAUAGUUCCCACACUUACCAGCUACUUGCCUUGAAAAUGUUAUUGUCUGCAUUCUCCAUUUCAGUGACAAUAUUCAUUUAUGUAACAGUCAUUUGAAAAGGUUUGUGGCCCCGUUGUCUGAUUUUUUUGCAGAGAGUUACGAUUUUGUUGUUGAAUACAAAAUAACAGACAAGGUUGACAGACAAAUGGAGAGCCAGUUUGGGGCAUAAAUCUCUGGUUCUCUGGCAAAACUCAUUUGAAAUGUAAAAGCUGUUACUGAGAGCAUAUCGUGAUGAUACAUCAUGUCAAUAUUUGUUUGGCUGCCUAGCAGGUUUAAUAAAUCAAUUCUUAAACAUA